UGAAAAGAAUUUGCCUUUGUAUAAGGGUAUUUUUAAUAAUUCUUUUGUAUACAUCUUAACGUCGUAAGUUUGUAAUAUUUUCCGUGAUCGUUGGUUGAUAGUAAGAGAAGGAACAAAAUGUGACAUAUAUUUAGAUGACAGAGUAUAGUGAAAAACUUAAAAUUGCAGUAACAUUCAAAUCUAUGAUUAUUUAUCUGUGAUCAGGGAAAAGCGAUCAUGGAAGUAUAUCUGCUUUCUACGCUUUUAACAGCUUUCGUUUUUGCCGAGUUGGAAGUGAUUAAAGAUGCAUGCACAAUUUGUAACUGUUCCAUGCCAACCGUGGUAAACUGUUCCUACCGCGGUCUUAAACAUAUUCCUAAACAUAUAAGUAAAGAAACAACCGUUUUGAACUUGUCAUCAAAUUCUAUAAAAAGCAUAGACAAUGGAAAAAUCAAAAAGUUAAACAAUCUUAUUAUUUUGGAUUUAUACAACAACUCUCUGAGGUUACAAAAUAUCUCAGACUAUACGUUUAAUGGACUUUCUAAGUUAAAGGUUUUAAAUAUUUCCCUAAAUGAGCAGUUUCCACUCACCAAUGAAACGACACCACUAAUGCUUUUUGAUAAUCUACAAUCCCUUGAAGUCUUGAAAAUGUAUGGAACAACAGGGACAUAUAAGGAUAAAGAAGGAUAUCCAGAUGAACAGUUAGGAAAACUCGGGUCAUUAAAGGAACUUUGGAUUGACGGACGCCCAAAUUUGAAAUUCGGUCCUGGAUUUAGAAAUAUCAGUACUCUUAAAGUGUUGCGCCUAGCUGGAGAUUACAUCGAGCCACCAUGGAGAAGUCCAGAAUAUUGCAUGACUAACAUAAACAGUGGAAUGUUCGAUAAUCUUAUUUCAUUAACUCACCUCUAUGUCAGAAAAUGUAACGUAGAAAAGGUUGAAGAGGACGCGUUUAAAGAACUUCAGAAUCUGCAAUACUUAGAUAUAUCUGUAAAUCGUCAGCUCACGCUGGCAGGAGUAUCGAUUGCACUCAGUAGCUUACAAAACAAAAUUGAUACAUUAGUUUUAAACGAAAUUGAAAUAGCCAAGCCGCAAAAAAACAUAGUGAUAUUAACAACAAGAAUGGCACAAUCUCUCAGUCAUGUACCACUCCGGGAACUUCAUUUGGAUAACAAUCGUAUUGAACUAAUAGAGCUAAAUGUAUUCCAGACCUUACCGAAAACUUUACAAGUGGUUAGUUUAAAAGAGAAUAAAUUCUACCAAGGUUAUUACAUUUUCAUGUCAAGAUACAUGGAGAACUUAACGCACCUAGAUUUAUCAUAUCAAUUUUUCACUAAAGAAUGGACAAUUUUGCACCGCGCUGAUAAAACAGACACAAUUGAAGCCAAUCGUUGUUCGCUUAAGAAUGAGGAAAUGGAGUUCACAAACAUGCAACAUAUUUCAGAGAUUAAUGUACCAAGAAAUGGAAGCAACUGUAGUUCAAAGAACGCUCCCUCUACUCAGAGAUUGGAGAAUAAUGUUGAUAUAAAUCGUUUUGAAAUAAUUGAAGAGGAAAGCUACAACGUAGAUAUAUUACAACAUAAAAUAAAAAAUGUAGCCAGAAGUAAUCUCAAUCUAGAUGAAAUAUUAGACUAUGCAGUAUCUUUCACAUGUCCAUAUAUAGGAAAGGACAAUUACAUUCCACCUGGAACUAUCAUUAGCUAUUUGCCUCCAAAGUUGGAAGACCUUGAUCUAAGUGUCAGCAAUCUAGCAAGUCCAAUUUUUGAAAUGGUUCUUAAUAAGAAUAAUUCCCUAAAAAAGUUGAACGUAAGCCAGUCGCUAUUGUACUGUUGGCAAGGACCAGUUGCUGGUUUGGAAAAACUUCAGAUAUUAGACUUGUCCGAGAACUACUGUUAUAAUGUUUCUAGAAACUUUUUCAAAUUUGCUGUUAACUUAGUAGAAUUGUAUCUAAAUGAUAAUAUGUUGGGCUCUUCUUUUGCAUAUAACGAUUCUUGCGAAAUACUGAAACCUCUCACGUCACUCACAUUGAUAAACAUAGCAUAUAAUCGAAUACACCAAAUCCCGAAAAACUUUCUCCUGUAUCAACGGCAUCUGGUCAAAUUAUUUGCAUAUGGUAAUGUUAUUGAAGAGUUUGAAAUAAAACUUGGACACAUGACAAAGCUUAGAUAUCUAGAUAUGCAUUUAAAUUACAUAAGUUCACUAUCAGAAACGACAAGAUGUGAAUUGGAGUCUAUCGCUGCGAGUAUAGAAAACCCGUCAAAGAAUAACAGCUUAAAAGUAAAUCUAAACAGGAAUCGAAUUCAUUGUUACUGCUAUAAUAUAGACUUUUUAAACUGGAUAUUGGAACAUUCCGACAAAAACAAUGGCUUAGAUAUUGAAAUCUCGGAAUGUAUCCAUCAAAAGAAUUUGAGCAGAGUUUAUAUAGAAUCUCUUUACCACCUUGAGAACAUUGUUAAUGAACUUAAAAAGGAAUGCCAGUCAUAUGUUGGUGUAAUGGUCGGCCUUGCCAUCGCCCUUGUUCUUAUUAUCAAUGUCAUAUUGGGGAUAAUCGUACACAAACACCGCUGGAAAAUUCAAUAUUGGUAUUAUGUUGUAUUCUGUAACUAUAAUUUUAGAAUUAAUUUUAGGAGAACGAACUAUGAAGAAAUUGGAGAUACGUACAAAUAUGAUGUUUUCGUUGCCUCCGCUCCAGAGGAUGAUGCAGACCGGAUGAGAAGAAAUCACAACGAUAAAGACUUUGUUAUGGACAAACUGCGACCGGUUUUAAAAGCCAGUAAUCUAGUUGCAUUCGUGCAAGUUUACCAUAUACAAGGCAAUGGAAAUCUGAUUCAGAUUAUUGGUAGGGCAAUCCAUUCAAGUCGGGUGGUAUUAUUUGUGUUCUCCAAAGAUUGGUGCAAUGAUGUUGGAAUGAGAACUGCUGUCCACAUGUGGCAAUGUGAUGUACUGAAUAGGCAUUGUAAAACUUCAAUACUUGGAAUUGAAUUGGAUGAAAUGACUGGUAAAGAUGCGGAAAUGAUUCAGGAUUUACAUUGCAGUAAGAUAAUGGAUUAUCCGAACAAACCGGAAAACCGUGACGAGGAGAUAUUUUGGAAGGAAUGUACAUCUCAAAUACGACGUCUUUGCAAUAAAAGCAACGGUGCGGUAUAGAUUGAAUUGAUGAUGAUAACGCCAGCAAUGAAAUCGAGUUUCACAUUAUUUUAGAGCGUUACAAAAAGAUAAUUUAAGAUUUGUAUAAAAACUGUUCGUCUUGUGCUCUACACAUCGUUCGUAUAUGUUUUGAGAGGGAUAUGUUGUUUUGUUUGCCAUUUUUGUACAGUUGUUUAAGUAUCUGUAUUCAGUCAAUCAUGUACACGUACAUUAUAACUUGAUGGCAAUUGAUGAGACCGCUUAUGCAAUUCUCAAUCCCAGCCAAAACAAGGAAACAUGACCUACUUAAGACCGAACAAAUCUCGAGCACCGCAUGCAUUGCUUAAAAACAUGAAAUCAUUAUCACUAAAGCCAGCCCUUCCCGCAAGAUUUGUGUUUAUAAAAUAAUAUAUCAUGUGUACCUUUGUAUCAAAUGACAUUAUUUCACCAUUAUUAACAUGUUUUUAUGUAAUAAACAUUGAUAUAUCUAAUUUUUAGAAAUACAUCUAAGUUUAUUGUGUUGGGUUUUUAUAAUCAAUGAAAAGCACGUUGAAUAUAUAUUUCA